AGCAGGUACAGGGCAAGUCAACAGAAAUUACGUACGGGAUCGACUUGAAGCAACCAUAAGUGAUUGUGGUGAUCAAGUUUGACUGUUAAUGCAAAUGACUAUGUUAGAACUGAAAUAUAUACUCGGGCAACGCCGGGUGCUCAGCUGGCAAUAUAAUAAAAUAAACAUUAUGUUUUUGACAGUGUUGCCAACGUUACAAACACACAGACCUGGUGGCAGACCGAAUCAUAUCGUUUCCUAAGUUGAUAGUUGGUCACACUGUGGUCUGUGUGCUCACAAACUUGACGUGACAGCAGUUGUUAUGGCAGUAUGUUUAUCAAGCCUUAAAGGCAGUAGUUAUAUUGGUGUUACCUUUUUGUACACCAUUAUUUUCACAAAAUGGAAGGUGGUGGGAAAGUAGCCGUAGAAGAAUAUGUUGAAAAUUUCUUAGCCGAGAUAAAAAUUUGAGCUGGCAGGCACACAUUGAAUGCCUAGAAAACAAACUGAGCACCUUGCAUUUGAAAUGCAAAUAUUAUCAACUGCAACUGACAUGGACACACAAAAAGUAGCAUAUACAAGAAUUCUGCAUUAAGAAGAAAGCUGCAGAGUAAGGCAGAAGCAUUGUUAAUUCUUAGCAAGGAAUUAGACCAAUGCCGAACAGAGAGAGACCAGUUUAAGUUAAUGGCGGAGCAGCUUCAAGAUCGAUAUUCUGCUCUCAAGAAAAAAUCUCACGAAAUGGGUUUGAGUAAGCUGUCUUUAUAUUAUGAUGGAAUCGAUUCAUAUGGUGCUAAUGCUCCAAGCAUACUACAGGUACUGGGGGAGACCAAAGAACAAAAUAAAGCACUCAAAAUGGAAGCAGAAGAUCUGAAACAAAAACUUAGAGAUGCUCAAGGUGAUAUAAAGGUACUCAGAGACCACUUAAAUCAGCAGCGUAAUGCUCCGAUUGUCAGAGAUAAUGAAGCAUUUCCUUUCCACCAGAGGGAAGAAUUAGUUCAGCAGUUGGAGACACUGAAUCAAAGGUGCACACAGAUGGCUCUUGAUCUUCAGGCUGUUCUGGAUGAAAAGGAGGAUUUAGUGACAGAACGAGAUGCAUACAAGUGUAAAGUUCACCGACUUAACCACGAACUCCAUGUAGUUUUGAAGGGUGACAGUAACAAGGUUAUGGAUGUUGAUGCUUUGGUCAUGGAAAAUAGAUAUUUACAAGACCGACUGCAACAGUGUGAAGAAGAAAAAGAAUUGUCAAAUCAGACAGUCGUGAAGUAUAAGAGCAUGUUGGAUAAGAAACGCAAUAAGGGAGCUGUGAAACUGGGAAGUAACAGCAGCACUGGAAUGAUAAUGUCUCAUAAGCAAGUGCAACAACUUCUUGAAAAUGGCACUGCUACACAGCUACCAAAUACUGCAGCCACUGUGGCAGAUCUGAAAAGUCUCUGCCUUGCACUUCUUGAGGCGCUGGGUGACAAGACUCUGGCAUUGUCACAUCAGAAAAAAGCUAACAGGAUUCUGGCAGGGCGCAUUAAAGAACUGGAGUAUCGAUUAGAAAGGAUAGAAGGAGGACGGGUUGCAGCAUUUCCAUCCCAGAUACUUCUUGAAGGCUACAGCAGUGCAACCGUAGACCGUGAAGUGGAAUGCUUGUUCAACAAUGAUUCUAGUUCAGAAGGAGAUAGAAGUCUCAAAGAAGUUCAAGAAGAAUGUGUUGAUGAUAGCAUGGAACCAAGUCAUCAGAUGGAACAGUGUAGCAAGAUGCCAGGUGAUAUGUGUAAUCUUUCAGCUAUUGGACAUCUGUCAUUUGGUAGUGGAUGCAGAACUGGUUCAAUGGAUGAAAAUACCUCAGGGUCUUUGGAAGACUGUCUGCCUCCACAGCUCCAGCUGCUGGUACAGAAAGCUCUUGAAGACAUUAGACAACAGUCAAAAACUAGUGCAUAACUUUCUUUCAGUUUGUGCCUGCCAGUUGUAUAUGGAUUCCCAUAAGCUAUACAAGAUAUGAUUCUUCCUGCCUAAAGCCAGCAUCUGCUGAAACAGCUGUGAUUCCCUUUUUUGUUUAUAUGUAUUGUAUUUAAUCAUAUA